AAAGAAAAUACGCGCCGGAAUUCGCCUACUGGAGGUGUAACUAUAGAAAUCUUAAACUAGUUAAAAUUCUUCGGACAAAUUUAUGGAGGAACAACGUAAGACUUCUUAAAACAUAAUUCUUUGUGAUAUUAAAGUCAUAUAUUUGGAUAAAACAUUUAAGGGGGUUCCGGGUGAAAUAUUAGAGGAGUUCCUGGAGAAAGAAGUAUUGGAGGAAUACUUGGAAAAAUACAUUUAAGAAUUCAAAUUGGAAUUUCUUAGAUUUUUUUGUUGAAUUCCUUGAUCCAUUUUUCAAAGAAAGUUGUAACAGAAUUGUAACAGAAGUAGCCAAAUUUCAGGAAGAAAGUCCUUCCAAUAAAAAAGCAUAGUAAUGAUCUUAAUAGAGUGACGUCUUAUGUAUGAAAAAUUGUGUAAUCCGGUUGAAAGGUGUCCAAAAUUGUCCUUUAUGCUUGAAACUUGUGAAAUUAUAUCUGAAGUAGGGAAGGCGUACCAGUUAUCGCCAUAGCACCAGUUAUGACUAUAUUGACAAAAAAAUGAAAAAAUAGAGUAUUACCAUCAAUUAUAACAGUAUUUAAUAAGCAGUUGUCAUAAGCAAGGCUAUUUUUUACAUUUUCGGCCAAUUUACUACAGUUAUCCUUUCUUAUUUCUAGUGUUUUUAAGUAUUCUCAUUUCCGAAGUAACCAUAUCCACUGCUAUCUUAUGGAUUCGUUAUCACACAAGCCAGUUUUUAAUAACCUGUUUGAGCGGCUGUGAUUUUUUAAAAUGACUAAUUUUUUUACAAGGAUAUUCUAAGAAUCAAUGAAAAUACUUAAGAAUAUCAAUUUUAUAUUAAAGAGUCCGAAUAUCUACAACAACUGGUGUUUUAUGCACGGACAAAGUUAAGCCAUAGUGUUCCCUAUUUCGCAACAUGCGAAGUGGAUCAAAGCUAGCGAGAAAAAUAUUAGUAGUAGUUUGUCACAACAGAUGUAAAAAAUCUGAAAGCGGUGUCGUUUGCUUCGAAAGUUUAGUGCUGUAUCCAUUAAUUCUGCCAGUGUUUUUUGUAAAAUAUUAUCCAGGUAUGUUGAAUUCUCUAAUUAGGUAAUUAAUGUUCUAUUGAAAGCUAAAAAUCUGUUCUUUAGGAUGGUUAAAAUUGCUAAGCGACGUAAGAGUAUCAGCGCAGUGAGACACACGGAGGAGACGAUUCAAAAAUGCAUGGAAUAUGUUAAAUCCGGAAAGAAAUCCAUGUAUGCGGCCUGUAAGCUACUAAAGCUGCCUAUGUCCACAGUGCGAUAUAGAAUGAGUGAUCGAUGGAAGCAUAAGAACGUUUCGGGACCUCGAUCCGUUUUGACAAAGGAGGAGGAACAACAGAUUGUUGACUGGCUGAUUGGGAUGCAAGAGCGCGGGUUCCCGAUUACAAAGAACGGUUUGAAAUUCAAAGUUGGAGAGUUUUUAUCAGCUAAUCCACGGGAGACACCAUUCAAAAACAAUCGCCCUGGACGCAAAUGGUUCGGUGCAUUUAUGCGUCGUAAUCCAGGGUUUUCUCUGCGGACUCCGGAAACAGUGUCUUCUGCAAGCGCCAGAGUUAGCGAGGGAGAUAUUCGAGGCUGGUUUCGCUCCAUUAGGGGCUGGCUUGAGAAGCAUGAUAUGUUGGAGAUUUUGGAUUGCCCGGAGCGUGUUUUUAAUGGAGAUGAAACAUCCUUUUACUUACAUCCAAAGUCCAAAGAAGUGCUCGCCAGGACUGGAUCGCGCAACGUCUAUGAGGUCGAACAAGCACCAGGAAAGCAAAACGUUACGGUUAUGUUUGCUUUUAGCGCUGCUGGAUGUAUUGUACCUCCUCAUGUCAUCUUGCCAGGGAAACGCCUCCGCAAAGAAGUUAUUGCAGGAUUUCCGGACGCCUGGGGGAUUGGCCAAAGCGAAAGAGGUUGGAUGGAUGUGAACAAUUUUCGUUCUUACAUCCAGAACAUCCUUCAUCCUUUCCUGGUACAACAGAAUGUAGUGUUCCCUGUUAUUUUUUUCGUCGACGGCCACGCAUCCCACAAGUCUUUGGAAGUAGCAGACCUUUGCCUAUCGCUAGGAAUAGUAUUAAUUUCCCUUUAUCCGAACACAACCCACAUAACACAACCUGCAGACGUCGCGGUGUUUAAACCGCUGAAGGACGAAUGGAGACGGGGAGUAGAACAGUGGCGUUCAGACCAUCAUGGAGAAAUCCUAACAUUGGUACAUUUCGGUAAAGUAUUAGCACAAACUGUUGCACAAGGUAUAAAACCUGCAAGCAUUAAAAAUGGAUUCAGGGUUUGUGGAUUGUGUCCAUUUGAACCUGAUAAUGUGGACUACAGCAAGUGUAUCGCGCGGACAUGCAAUGCUCCCGAAGAAUCUGAGGCCUCGAAUCACGAAAUUGAUCCGCCAGCUGAAUUGGCACCUUCACCAUUAUCACCUCAACAUGAUUCAUUCACCACUGUUGAUCUACAAUCCUCCACGCUGAAUACACGAGACAAUACAGCUGUGUCCCUUCAAACAACUGAUGAAUGUGUGUCUGUUCACAUAAACAAAAUUAUCCAAGCUGUAGAUAUGAUUGGACCUCAAACAAUGAGCAGAAUUCAAGGAAAUGUUGGCCUCCUUUCUCGAGAUGAGCGGACUAUUCGAUUCUUUUAUCAAGAAUUUGUUAGACCAUACAUCAGCGUAACAAAUUGCGACACGGUAGAUGGUGAAGAUAUCAACAGACUCCAGAUAGCUUCCGACAUACUUGUUCCUGAUAUGGUGACCGAUCCAGCAGCAAUUGAUGAUAGUAUUCUUAUGUGCUCGAUUGCUGCAACGAGCAACGACGAGGAAGAAUCAGUUGCAUUUGAUAAUAUGAAUCUACCUCAUGAAAUCCCUCCUAUUGUAAUUGAGGUGCCAGCUGAUACUUGGAACCAAUCACUCAAUUCGUCGCAAAUGGAAACAGAGGAUAUCAUCUAUUGCCAACUCAACAAUGAAUCACCUACUAACAAUUCAACGCAAAAUGCUGGAAAUGAUCAUGCGAUAAGGAAUAAUGAAGCUGAUAAUUGCUCAGAAUACCGUCGCACUAUUGAUGCUGAGUUUGAAGAUAACAUACAACGCGACAAAGAUUCAAUUCACCCUGAAACGUCUCCGACAGAUUCUGUAGCAAUGAUGUCUGGACCGGCCCGAAGACUAUCAGAGUUUUUGAAACUACCACCUACACCACGACGUUCUACGAAGCAUCGUAAUUACUCGAAGCAGUAUUACCCAGUUUUAACAGCAAAGGAACGGCUUGAUGAAAUGCGGAAGAAAGAAGAUGAACAACGUGUCAACGAAAACCUAAAAGUACAAAGAGCAAAAGAUCGUGAAGCAAUGAAGAAGAAGCGUGAAGAAAUUAAAAAGGCUAAGGCUGAGGAACGUGAACGUAAAAAAGUAGAAAAAGAGCAGCAAAAAGAACAAGCAAAAUCUAAGGCUAAGGCCAAACGUAGCAAACAAUCAAAAAAUUUGAUUGGAUGAUGUUGUUACCGUGACUGUAUGAAUCGAUUACUUACAUUCAAAUAAAAUAUAAUAUGUACACAUUA